UUCAAACCUCCGACCAUCCACACAAGUCAUCUCAAAUCAUCAAUGACUCCUGAAAGCAAUGAACAAUGAUUUCACAUCAGUAUCGGGCCCAUCGGCAACCCCUCCCAAUGGCAGAAGUGGGCCAUCGAGCCGGCGACGUCGACAUCGCUCCAGCACUCCUGCUCAAAAAAGAGCUUACGAGCAAAUGAGAAAGAAGUAUGAGUUAGCAAGCUCGUUGAUGGCAAAUCUCGACUUUGCGGUUUACUGCCAAUUAUGCGUAUUAUAUUACAUGGACUGCUCAUUCUUCCAACUCUUCAUACGUGCCCUCACUCAAUUCAUUAUUCUCACACCAAAGCCGAAGAAUGUUAGACAGCCGCCUCAAAGUUCCUCGUGGGUUAUAAUGCUGUUGGGCACGAAUAUUCUUUGUAUAUUUUUACACCUUUUCCUUGCGCCAUCGAGGUCUACGGAGGAGAUGAGAGGAUAUCUCCAUGGAGGAAUUAUAAUCGAUCUUAUUGGUCAAAAAGGUCCUUCAUCGAAGCUGAAGUUGGUAGUCUUGGAUUUGCUUGUAUUGAUCUUACAAGCCAUAUUAUUCACGGUUCAUCUGGAUAGAGAGAAGCUUGACAAGUUUCUAACGGCCUAUGGAAAGAAAACUACCGAUGGGCAAACACCACUUCCCACACAAGAUUACGAUGCAGAGGAACGAGGUGUACUGAGGGAUCCUGUUGCCGGGUUGGAGGAUAUUGAAAUGCAGUCGCUGGGUUCCACAAGAGCUGUCUCUCGCCCGCGAACUCAAGAACUCACUACAGAAGUAAAUGAGCAAGAUGAACGAGAGGAGUUGCUAGCUGAGCCGGUGAAUAGAGAACCGGAUGAUGGGCCAUUGGAUAUAUUUUGGUCAGGGACAGCUGUUAUAGGGGAAUUUAGUGUUUUGCAUACCCUUCGCAGUCAGUUGGCACUCUCAGGGGCCGCUUCUGGGUCGUUACGAGCAAACUCUUUGUCUGCUAAUGUCGCCGAGCUUACGGCAAGGAACCCGAGGCUUGAUUUUAUUGCUCGAAGAUUUCAGCGCAGCUUGCAAUAA